AUGGAAGAUGAAGACCUUGCGAUCUGCUUGCUGCUCAGUCUCCCGAAGAAUUUUGAGAACGUGGUUCUGAACCUGGAGAUGAGCAAUGCAGAGCUGCGUACGUAA